AUGAAGAUUGCUCAAUACCUUUUUGCCGUCGCUCAAGCAAGCGACUAUCAAACUGGCUACAUUUCAUACUUGAAAGGAGAUCCCGUCCAUGACGCAAAACUCAAUUAUAUAGGCCAUCAAGCUUCCAUCGAACGCCGAAUGGGCUGGCAGCGCUCUUCAGCUGGUUUUGCUUUCCCUGGCUGUACAGAAGAAGAUAUCUUUAAGGGAUCUUUAAGUGAUUCGGUGAUCAACGAAACAGUCGUCAAUUUUGCCGGUGAAGUUCUGAUCGAGGCUGGUAAAUCGGGAACAACUGGACAGUACUAUGUCGACGAGAUGGAUGACUCUGACAAGUUAGAGUCAGAUGCUCACUACUGCUUCGGAAAAAAGAAGGAAGGCUUCCUCGUCAGUGAGCCUUUUAUUCAUCGUGGUCAAGGAUGCUGCAUCACUGAUUUGACUGACGAUGACGGAAACAGUGUCGGUGGAGAGUACAAAAUUGAAGCAAAGGUUUAUGACCUUGAUAACAAAUCACCUUCUAUUUUCGGACUUCCGAACAGAUGGAAUAUCAUGUUUGGCUGCCAGAACCAACAGCUCGAGCUUGCUCCACACGACCCUGAUUCUGAUGACGAAGUUCGAUGCCGCUGGGCUACGUUCGAUGAGGCGAAGGGAAUGGCCCGGGUCAACGGAACGUUCGAUUCUUUGGUGCUCGACGAGACGCUUUGCACGAUCACAUACGUACCCGAACUGAACAAGUCUCCUGGAUUUCAACCGAUUGCUAUUCAAAUCGAGGAUUUCGACAUUUUUGGAAAUAUAAAAUCUUCCAUGCCCGUUCAACUCAGGGCAAACAUUUGGACUCCGGAUGCAGAAUUUCCAACUUACUGGAUGACUUGUACAGAAAUAAGUAAAUUUACGGGUCAUUCCUGGUGCACCUGGCGGCCAAGCAGUACAAUCGAUCGAGAGUUCUGCGCCGUUGCUUAUGAUCCGAUGAACCGAAAUACUGAACGAGUCUGUGUAUCUCUUGCUGUUCAAUCAAGAACCCAUAACGCCCCAGAAUGCAAUGUUUGCAGCGGUGCUGGGAAGACAUCUGCGGAAACGUACAGUGAUUGCAAAAAUUCAAUGGUUAAAAAAACCUGUAGAUAUGGUGAUAUCUGUGGAGUCGAAGUAAGAAUGAAUCGUGGAGAAGUGACUCAACUUGAUAUGCGAUGCAAGAAUGAAUAUCAAUGUAUAAGAAACAUGAACAAUAACUUCCAGCUCCCAGUAACUAAAAGUGCUUGCCGACCCGAGCCUCACCUUCAAACACGAUAUUUUGGCCAGUCGACUUGCUCCGGCUGUUUGAGAGCCUGUGAAAAUUUCACAGCGUAUUUGGUUCAAUAUUUGGAAUUCAACGGCUCUUACGUUCCUCUAAUGACUUAUGAAGCUCAAGAACUAGUUUGCGAACACGUUACUUUUGAAAAUUAUACUCAUCCGGACCCUGUUCUUUUCAACCGAACCGCGAAAAAUUUGACAACGACUCACGGCGUUAAUGGACAAAUCCCCUUUACAGAAGAUUCUAUUCCUGAAGUAUCUUUGACAACGAGUGGCGGCAGCAAACUCGGCGAGAAAAUGACCCUCAAAGGAGUCACGAGCUUCGGCACUUCUGGACCUGGCGUUAUUCUCGUCAAUUGCACGAUUCGGAUGGACAACAGGACCUUUCAAAUAAUCGAAAACAAGGAAAUCACUUCUAUUGGACAUCUUCUCAGAGGUGAACUAAGAUGCGACCAUGGCUUUGAAUUCAGAAGAUUUUCCACUUCCCCCGACACAGGAAAAGACCCCAAAAUUCAAUUAAAAUGGAGGGGCCUACUCCUCGAACUGCACUUGGCUGCUGUUGCGAGUUUUAUUCUGGUUUUAUCAAUAGAAACUGCAUCGCGACAGAAUGGAAAGGACAUUUAUCAAUGCGAAGGGAGUACUAAAAAAGUAGUCUGGGGCUCAAAAUGGGGAAUGUGGAGUGGAGGAGGCUAUUACUCUUUGGGCACGAGCGCUCACGACAGUCGAUGUCUUGGAGACUACGGCGAAUUCGAAGGCGCAGAUUAUGUCUGGCAGAACGGUUAUCAACUGAAGCUGGAAUGUCUUAUUUACUAUCCGAAAAUAUACUGA